AUGUGUGAUUCAGACUAUUUCAAUUUAUUUCUACAAAGAACGAAUUCAAAUGAUUCAGAAUUUUUAAUAGAAGAGUAAUUUAGAGAUAACAUUGAUGACUAGUAAAACUGCUAUGCUUCUAACGAUGAUAAAAUCGGAAACUUUAAUUAUCUUGGGGAAUUAACCUAAAAUUAAAUUGGCUCUAUGAUUGAUACUGUUCACUUUAGCCCACUUAAAGAAGGAGAAAAUUUUUUCUAGAACAGCUCAUCCUCAAAUUUAGAAAAAGAUAAAAACGGUGAUCAAUAUUCUAACUAGUUCGUUCAAUAAAACAACGAUUGCGCUUAUAAUCAAUCAGCAUUACACUCCAGAAAUAUCGAAAUUCUGUUCUAAACACAAGUUACUCCUGAAUAUCAACUUCAAUAAUAUCUCUACUCAUAGAAUUCCUAAUCGAUUUAAUAACUGGAUACUAUCUAUGAUGUUUAAGAGUUCACUAUGUAAACUUAAGUGGAAUAACGAAAUAAGAUUUACUAAGUAUCUGAUACAUUCUACUAAAGAGAAGAAAUAAGUAUCGAAUCAAAAACUAAUACAAUAGUAUAUAGUCAAUAUUAGAAUUAGACAGAAUAAAUAACUCCACCUUAAAAGUAGAAGCAAAUUUUUAAUGCCUUCAAUGAUAUUUAAGUUUAGGACAUUAAAAAAUCUCCUAAGCUAAAAUAAGAUUAAGGUUUUAAAUCUUUGUUUAGAGGGUUCAGGAAAUCUCUUUUCUAUGCAUUUAAGAGAUCUGGACUCAGCAGAAAUUAUCACGCAUUUGACCAUGAGAAAUGGCAAGAUGUUUCUCGAACUUUUCUAAAAUUAUUCAAUAUAGAGGAAUACCCAAAUUAGAGACAAAUCUGCGCUCUGAGCGUCAUGCUCUAUCAUACUUUAGGGACAACCAUGAGAUUUGUUGAACCUUCUUAAUUUUCAGGUGCUGGAAAGCCAAGGAAUAGAAAAUUAACAGUUCUUGAAGAAAAAGAAAACAUUUUCCAUAGAGUUCUAGGAUAAGAAGGAAUGAGUAUUUAUAAACUUGUGUUUGAUAGAAAUAACUCCGAUUUAGUCAAUAAAUUUCUACAAGAUGACUUCAUCAAGUAACUUUGGCCAAUCAUCAUGAAAUUCUCUUAAGAGAAAUUCUACUUUAAAGAAUAGUCAGAAAAGAAAAAUUAAAACAAAAAGACAAAAGCCAUUUAGAAAUCUCACAAAAAUAAUGAGAACAAAAGAAAACCAGCAAGGCCAAGAGAAGAAGUUAUAAAUGAUCUUAGACCUACCCUUUAGCACAUAUCCUGGGUCAUUACAUAGUAAUAUCAACUAGAAAUGCCUGCAUUUUGGAUGGCUUAGUACCCUCCUUAAUAUAUGAAGCAGAAGGAACAUAAAAAAAGAAGAUGA